AGUAAGAUGUCGUUUGUGCAAGCAUUCUGAUUUUGCGAAACGAAUAAGUAAACGAAGGGAUUUUUUAUAAUUCAAAGAUGAUUUUAAAGGUGUCCAACAUGCGUCCGUGACACAAAACAAGGAGUCCGAGUCUCAUUUCCAGGAGUCUAGGACUACCGGAUCCCGAUUGUGAAAGCUAGCGAAUAAAAGAUGUGCAAAAUAUAUAUCCUCGUUAUGGACUUCACUUAUGAAAAAGCUACGACAUUUUUGAAGGAAUCUGAAAACAAAUACUUAUUAUUUUACAACGUGGUCCAACAGUGAUGUAAGUCACAUUCUCUUGACGUUGCUAGUGUGACAAUAAUGCCAUCCUGCCUAUCGCUCCGACACUGUGCACAGUUUAGUUGUAUAAAACAGUUUAACCUCUUUUAAACAAGAACAACAGCAACACGUUAAUAUGGUCAAAAUAAUUUUGAACUAGAAGUUGCGCGUUAUAUUAAAAGGCAAUUUUGGGUGGGCAAGGCCUAUGUUUGUGGGGCCCCGGGAUGGGUAAUGUGGACAUGGAUGGUCGAGAUAUACCGUGUUUUCAUAAGAGAUGUUUAGUAUUAAUUUGAAGUCAAUUGGUGAAUAUAUGAAGAAGUUUUGGGUACGAAAAAAUUUUGCCAAAAAAAUUUGGGUACAAAAAAAAAUUUGGGUGCGAAAAAAAAAGUGAGUUCGAACAAAAAUUUGGGUACGAAAAAAAAAUGAGUACGAAAAAAAAUCGGGUACGAACAAAAAUUUGGGAACGAAACAAAAUUUGGUUACGAAAAGGAAAAAAAAAAUGUGUACGAAAAAAAAUUGGAUACAAAAAAAUUUGGGUACGAAAAAUGUGCCAAAUUUUUUUUUCGGAACGAAAAAAUUUGGAUACGAAAAAAAAAUGGGAACGAAAAAAAAAUUGGGUACAAUUUUUUUUUUAGUACGAACUUGGUACAAAAAAAGUUUGGGUACGACACAAAUUUGGGUACGAAAAUACGAAAACAAAUGGGGGUACGAAAAAAAUGGGUACGAAAAAAAAUAUUGAGAACGAAAAAAAAUUUGGGGGGGGGGGGGGUACGGAGAAGUUGUACCCGUGAACGUCUCGAUAAAUUUGAAAGAGAACGGGAACCAAGCUGCCUUUACCUUUAUCAAUGGCCCUGGGGUAGUUAUGCUGACAUGUAUGGUCGAGAUAGACCGUGUUGUUAUAAGAGAUGUUCAAUAUUAAUUUGAAGUCAAUUGGUGAAUACAUUAAGAAGUUAUGUUAAAACAAAAUUUUGGGUGGGCGUGGUUGUCCACUAUCUCCUUCUACACUAUUAGCACUAGAACCUUGAAACUUACACACAUUGUAGCUACGAGCAUAUGUGCGAGGUUGCACUAUUUGGAAUUUUAAUCUUACCCCUGGGUAAAAAGUUAUUAUUAUGUGCGUCGCGUGUUGUUAGUAAAAGGAUUUUUUGUACCAAUUUUACCCAUUUUUUACCCAUAACUUUUGACCAAGGGGUCAGAUGGACCACUUGGACUUUGCAGAUGACAUAAGCCUGCUGUCCCAUACUCAUCAACACAUGCAGGAGAAGAUCAAAAACCUAGUUGAUACAGCUAGAAGUACAGGACUCUCCAUCAACCCCAGCAAGACGAAGACAAUGCGCAUCAAUGCUACUCGCAAAGCGCCCAUUCUGCUGGAAGACCGAUCGCUGGAGGAAGUGGACAGCUUUGUAUACUUGGGAAGUGUUGUCUCCGAGACACGAGGUGCUGAUGAGGAUGUCAAAGUUCGAAUUGGCAAGGCCCAGUAUGCUUUCUACAUGCUAAGGAACAUCUGGAGAAACAGGCGCCUAAUGCUUUCCACAAAGCUGAGCCUCUUCAACUCGAACAUGAAGUCUGUCCUGCUGUAUGGAUCGGAGACCUGGAAACACACCAAAGCGCUGGAUCACAAACUACAGGUGUUCAUCAACAGAUGCCUCCGCAACAUCCUUCGAAUCAGAUGGCCAAACAGAAUUUCCAACCAGGAUCUCUGGAAGAGGACGAGACAGAAACCAAUCGCCACCACCAUUAAAGACUAACCAAACACCACCCGGCAUGUUCUGGACUGGAAUCCACAAGGCCAUCGAAAGAGAGGAAGACCAGCAACCACCUGGAGGAGAACUCUUGAGACAGAUCUAAAGCCUCUCCACCUAUCAUGUGGUGAAGCAAAGCUCAGGGCACAAGACCGUACCCAAUGGCGGACAGUAGUCAAGUCCCUAUGCCUAGAAGUUGGCGAAGAGGACUUAGUAAGUAAGUGAAUAUAUGCAAUUUAUGUAAACUAGAGUUUGUGUACAAAUCUACAACGUCAAAUGUGCUAAAUCAGCUCGUAAAUUAAUGUAGUAAUCUGUAUUUAUUGUCGAAGAGACGAAAUUAAUGUUUACAUCGUUAAACAUUGCUGUGUGUACCCACUGCAUGUAAAUAAUACUUAUUUGAUUGCUUGCUCGUAUAUACAUUUUGUCUGAAUGAUG